AUGGUUCUCGGUCUUUGGUGUGAUUUUUGCCAGGACAAAGAAGGCCUUGGGCCAAUUUCUCGUUAUGGAGACUUCACGCUAUGUUUCGUAGACGGCGUUUUGCUCAAUGGGGCAGCGCUAUUGAUGCUGGUUUUUGGUACCAAAGAGCUAGCGCGCCUUAGUCGGAAGUCUCAUCCGGGUGUCAAAUACAGAAACAAUUGGCUGCUAAUUUCCCGAAUGACUCUAGUCGCCGUUCAGCUCCUUUUCGCAGCCAUCUCUUUGUUCCAAGAAAAAACUUCUGUGGAAUCUCAGUGGGCCUCGUCAUCUCAACGUAUCUUCAAUUUUCUGUCGCUUUUCGUAGCGCUCGCGCUACAUUGGGUCGAGUAUUUCCGGUCUAGAGUGUCUAACGGCAUUGUUCUGUUUUACUGGUUGUUUCAAGGGUUCUUCGGCUUGUGCAGAAUCGUAAAUCUUCAGAUUAGGUUCACAUACGAGGGCGUCAUGCCAGUGUCCGAAGCUGCAUUCAAACUGACUGUAUGUCAGAGCAUAACCAGUUUCGUCAUCUUGGGAUUAGAGUCUCUGUUCACUAAACCCCAAUCGGGGCGCGAAGAUUAUUCAUCUUUUACUAAACGCAGAAGAAAUCCUUAUGACAGUGCGAAUGUAUUCUCCCGCAUUUCUUUCUCGUGGAUGACUCAAAUGAUGAAAACUGGCUACGAGAAAUUUCUGACAGAAAACGACCUUUACAAAUUACCUGCUAGCUUUGGUAGUGCUGAGAUCUCCGACACCUUUGCGAAACGUUGGGAUUAUGAGGUAAAGCAUAGAACAAAACCUUCCUUAGCGUGGGCACUUUUAACUACAUUUGGCGGGAAAAUGAUUCUUGCGGCCUGUUUAAAAGCGAUAUUUGAUAUAUUGGCUUUCACGCAACCUCAACUGCUCAGAAUUCUCAUCAAAUUUGUCACUGAUUAUACCGAAGGCAACACCAUAGCUGAGCUUCCGAUUAUCAAAGGUUUUAUGAUCGCUAUAGGUAUGUUCUUGGUUAGUGUGAUCCAGACCUCUAUUCUACAUCAAUACUUUCUACGUGCCUUCGACACUGGUAUGAAUAUCAAGAGUGGAUUAACCUCUGUCAUAUACCAAAAAUCAUUAGCGUUAUCAAAUGAAGCUUCAGCAGCUUCAUCUACUGGCGAUAUCGUCAACCUCAUGAGUGUCGAUGUUCAGCGUUUACAAGACUUAACGCAAUGGGGCCAAAUUAUAUGGUCUGGACCCUUCCAGUUGAUAUUAUGUCUUGUUUCACUUUACAAACUGCUCGGCCCAUCUAUGUGGGUUGGUGUCGUUAUUAUGAUAGUCAUGAUUCCCAUAAACUCGGUAAUUAUAAGGCUUCAAAAAAGAUUACAGAAGAUCCAAAUGAAAAACAAAGAUGAAAGGACUCGUAUCAUCAGUGAAAUUCUCAACAACAUUAAGUCUUUGAAACUAUACGCCUGGGAAGAUCCCUACAAGGAAAAACUAGACCAUGUGAGAAACGGUAAGGAGCUGAAAAACUUGACAAAAAUGGGAUGUACAGUUGCGCUUGCCAACUUUCAGUUCAAUAUUGUUCCAUUUCUAGUCUCCUGCUCUACUUUUGCCGUUUUCGUUUGGACACAGAACGACAGGCCUCUCAGUACCGACUUGGUAUUUCCUGCUUUAACAUUAUUCAAUUUACUGUCAUUCCCAUUAGCAAUCAUUCCUACUGCUAUAACCUCCUUUAUCGAAGCUUCUGUCUCGGUAACUCGUUUGCAUUCUUUCCUCACUAACGAAGAACUGCAAAGAGAUUCCAUUCAUCGUAAGGCGAAAAUAACUACGAAUGGUGAGGUAGCCAUUAAUAUUGGUGCUGAUGCUACAUUUCUGUGGCAAAGAAAGCCUGAAUACAAAGUUGCCUUGAAGAACAUUAACUUCAAGGCUAAGAAAGGCGAAUUGACGUGCAUCGUAGGCAAAGUCGGUAGCGGUAAAAGCGCAUUGAUUCAGGCGAUGCUUGGCGAUUUAUUCAGGGUUAAAGGCUUUGCUACAGUACAUGGUAGUGUAGCAUAUGUUUCUCAGGUUCCCUGGAUUAUGAAUGGCACUGUCAAGGAGAAUAUAACUUUCGGUCACAAAUAUAAUGCUGAAUUUUACACAAAGACAAUCAAAGCUUGUGCUUUGAGCGUAGAUUUGGCUACGCUUCCUGAGGGAGAUCAGACUAUGGUCGGUGAAAAGGGUAUAUCCUUGUCAGGAGGACAAAAGGCACGUCUUUCAUUAGCCAGAGCUGUUUACGCUAGAGCGGACACCUAUCUUCUGGACGAUCCGCUUGCUGCCGUUGACGAACAUGUCGCCAAACAUUUAAUUGAGCAUGUUUUGGGGUCGCAAGGUCUCUUGAGUACAAAGGUGAAAGUGUUGGCCACAAACAAAAUCUCUGUUUUAUCAAUUGCAGACAGUAUCACAUUGUUGGAGAAUGGUGAGAUUGUGCAACAUGGUACGUAUGAAGAAGUUACCAGUGAUAAAUCUUCACCCUUAUCAAAGAUUAUUACCAAUUAUGGUAAAAAGCAGGUAAAAAGCAAGAAAGAUGACACUGCCGAAACUCCAACGCCAGAAAGUAGUACUAUUGUCGACGAUAGUAUUGAUCUACAGAAAAUUGACGACAAAUUGAUUGAAGACGACGCCCUGACAUUGCGGAGAGCAAGUGAUGCAACUUUGAGAAGCAUAGGUUUUGGGGACGAGGAACCAUCCACUAGGGAACAUCGUGAGCAAGGUAAGGUUAAGUGGGAUAUCUACUUAGAAUAUGCCAAAGCUUGCAAUCCUAGACAUGUCAUGAUAUUUAUGGGUUUUGCUGUGUUGUCGAUGUUCCUAUCUGUGAUUGGUAACGUCUGGUUGAAACAUUGGUCCGAAAUCAAUACCCAAUAUGGCUCUAAUCCUCAUGUUAGCAAGUACCUUGGUAUUUACUUUCUGCUUGGGGUAGGAUCUGCUCUUUCCACUUUGGUACAGACAGUCAUAUUAUGGGUCUACUGUACUAUCCACGGCUCUCGCUACCUUCACGAUGCGAUGGCUACGGCAGUGCUGAAAGCUCCAAUGUCAUUUUUUGAAACAACCCCAAUUGGCAGAAUAUUAAACAGGUUUUCUAACGACAUCUACAAAGUUGAUGAAUUGCUUGGGAGGACAUUUGCGCAAUUUUUUGUCAACGCCAUCAAAGUUUCCUUCACUAUCGUUGUGAUUUGUUACACCACAUGGCAAUUUCUUUUCAUUAUCGCGCCAUUGAGUAUCUUGUACAUUUAUUACCAACAGUACUAUUUGAGGACUUCGCGAGAGCUUCGUCGUUUGGAUUCUGUUACGAGAUCCCCAAUAUAUGCUCACUUUCAGGAGACCUUGGGGGGCAUCAGUACUAUUCGAGGCUAUAGCCAACAAGAUAGAUUUGUUCAUAUCAACCAGGCGCGCGUGGAUAACAAUAUGAGCGCUUAUUAUCCAUCAGUGAAUGCCAACAGGUGGUUGGCAUUUAGACUGGAAUUCCUUGGUUCUGUCAUUAUUUUAGGGGCCGCAGUGCUAGGAGUAUUUCGCUUGAAGCAAGGUAAGUUAACUCCAGGUAUGAUCGGCUUGUCUCUGAGUUACGCUCUGCAAAUCACACAGUCUUUGAACUGGAUUGUCAGAAUGACUGUUGAAGUGGAGACUAACAUCGUCUCCGUGGAGAGAAUUAAAGAAUAUUCCAAUUUGAAAUCAGAAGCACCAGCUGUUAUUGAAAACAGUAGACCGGCCCAGAACUGGCCCACGGAAGGUGGCAUAAAAUUUGAAAAUUACUCCACUCGUUACAGGCCAGAGCUAGAUCUUAUUUUGAAAGAUAUCAACAUCGAAAUAAAACCUCAGGAGAAAGUUGGUAUAGUUGGUCGUACCGGAGCCGGUAAAUCGUCAUUGACGUUGGCUCUUUUCCGGAUUAUCGAGUCUGCUAGCGGGCAGAUUUUGAUCGAUGGGUUGCCAAUUGACAAAAUUGGGCUAAAAGAUUUGAGACAGCAUCUGUCAAUUAUUCCACAAGACUCUCAAGUAUUUGAGGGCACUGUUAGAGAAAAUAUUGACCCUACACACCAAUUCACAGAUGAGCAGAUAUGGCACGCUCUAGAGCUUUCGCACUUGAAGGAUCACAUAAAAAGCCUGGGUAAGAAUGAAUUGGAGACAAUGCUAACGGAAGGAGGUAGUAACUUGUCAGUGGGCCAGAGGCAGCUCAUGUGUCUAGCUAGAGCAUUAUUGGUCCCCUCUAAGAUCUUAGUCCUGGAUGAAGCUACCGCAGCGGUUGACGUUGAGACAGACCAAGUAAUCCAAGGAACGAUCAGAACCGCUUUUAAGAAUCGUACUAUCUUGACAAUUGCCCACAGAAUCAACACAAUUUUGGAUAGCGAUCGAAUUAUUGUUUUGGAGCAAGGACGAGUUGCAGAAUUUGACUCACCUGAAGCCUUGUUGAAGAAUAAAGAGAGUUUGUUCUACUCUCUGUGCCAAGAGGCAGGUCUGACAAAAAACUGA